CUAAAGGCCAAGUCCACACGUCAACCCUUGUGAGCAUGGACCUGGAAUUUUCAUAGUUUGAACACCAUUUAAUUGCUAUUUUCUAAACAACAACUUGCAUAUAAUAAUGCAGACAUGACAAUCAAACAGGGUAUAAAACAAUUUGUUACCUUGUCCAAAUUGAUCACAAAAGCAUCAAUGGAUGAGUGGUUCUUUGAUUCUGAUCUUACUUACAAUGGAGGAUUACCUUGGUGGGAACCUGAAGGAUCAAAUGAGAUAACCAGGGAGAUGGAUGUGAUGCAAUUCUUUUCUGAAGAUUUGUCGGAAUUUGAUAACAAUGGCAACUCUUCUUCGGCGUCAUCUUUGCCAUCUCUGUCAACAGGUAGCUCAGAGCCUAGACGGCAAUGGAGCAUUCAACUGCCAGAUGGAAGCGAGGAUGAGGUACUUACAAGAGCAAUGGUGGCUGUUAUCAGUUCGGCUUCUCCUUCUUCCUGUUCUUCUUCUUCUACUUCUUCUUUGUCAUCACCAUCAAUGCAGUCUUUGAUAGACAAGACAAGAAACUAUGGUCAAUUCACUUCAUUCAGGAUUUACAGUCCAAUUUUAGCUUCAGCUUCAGCAGUGAAUUGUGAUCCUAAGACCAAUCUUCACAGCCAGAAGAUGAUUAAGAAAUCCAUCACCAUGCUGCAAAGAAUUAAUAAGAUGAGAAAUCAAGAACCUGCACUGACAAGCAACCAAGUAAGCCACAUGAUAUCAGAGAGAAGACGGAGAGAGAAGCUCAACGGAAGCUUUGAUCAACUCAGAUCACUUCUUCCUCCAGGUUCCAAGAAGGACAGGGCGACGGUGCUUAUGAAGACAAAGGAUUACUUGAAGACCUUGAAAGAUCAAAUCUCUGAACUCCAGCUGGAGAACAGAAUGUUAGAGAUGAAACUCAAAUGUCCAGCCACUGAUGAAAUUAAUGAACAGCAUUUGAAGGCUUCCAAUUUUAGAUCGACGUUAAGAGUUGAAAUCAUUAAGGCGUCUGCGCCAUCAUCAGAAGUUCAGCAAAUCAGUCUGAGGCUAACAGCGAAUGUGAAUUCUGCUCUCAUAGACCUUGUCCUCCAUGUACUUGAAUGCCUGAAAGAGAUGAGAGUUUUAGCAUUGGUGUCAGUGGAUGGGAAUAUACACACAGCACAAAUGAACUUGCAUGCUAGAGCUACUAUUGAAUUCCAGAUCAAGGCAUGCGAUUGGUACGAAGAGUUGUUCAAGGAAGCAAUGACCAGAUCUAUCAAACGUGUUGCACGGCUGGAGUUGGUAAACUUUGAAGGUUUGUACUCUGGAGAUGGCCAAUUGAUUCAUGGAGUUUAAACCGCUUGACGAGGACUGAUGGUUGAAGUUUAAAUGCAGAAACUUUCAAUGACAUGUGUUUCUCUUCAACUUUUGAGCUGAAAACUAAAUACCGGAGACAAUAAAAUAACCUUGGCUAGUAUCAUACAUAGUGUUUAACAAGGGCAUGGUGUCUCAAAUCUCAUUUCAGAACCUAUAUGUGUAUGCACUUAGUUUGUUCAUAAAUUAAUAUAUCGAUAUGGCAGGUCCUGCUGUACUCCAAGAUCUCAUUUUAACUUUUA